GCAAACCAAUAAUAUCGCACAAUUCCGAGUUGUCACUCGAACAAGGAAGUCGCGCGCCGGUCCGGCUCGGUUGCUGGAGUUUCCGUGUGUAUUAUUCGCACCCAAAGUAGAUUCCGUUGUCUUCUUGAGAACGGGCACAGAAAAUGAGCAACAUUCCUCUCUCUCGCUCCGAGGUGUUUGGGGAACUGAGGAAGGAACUGCACAACGAUCAUGAGUUCCGACAUUUCGACGCUCAUGUAUUUAUCAUCAUGGGAGCCUCGGGUGAUCUGGCCAAGAAGAAAAUCUACCCAACUCUGUGGUGGUUGUUCAGAGACGGUCUCCUCCCAGAGAAAACAUUUUUUAUUGGCUUUGCUCGCUCUGACCUGACAGUUGAUGCUAUCAGGACUUCCUGCAUGCCAUACCUCAAGGUGACAGACUCUGAAGCAGAUCGGUUGUCAGUCUUCUUCAGCAGAAACUCAUACAUCAGUGGAAAAUAUGCAGAUGAUGAUUCCUUCUCCAAUCUCAAUAAACACAUCCUCACUCUCCCCGGAGGAUCGGAGGCAAACAGGCUCUUCUACUUGGCCCUGCCGCCCACAGUCUACCAUGAUGUUACCAAGAACAUAAAGCACCACUGUAUAAGCGAAAAAGGCUGGACCAGAGUGAUUGUAGAGAAGCCGUUUGGACAUGACCUUCAGAGCUCUGAAGAACUGUCCGCUCACCUCUCUUCUCUCUUCACUGAAGACCAGAUCUACCGUAUAGAUCACUAUCUUGGCAAAGAAAUGGUGCAGAACCUUAUGGUGCUCAGAUUUGGAAACCGCAUCUUUGGACCAAUCUGGAAUAGGGACAGUGUCGCCUGUGUUGUCCUCACGUUUAAAGAACCAUUUGGCACUCAGGGAAGAGGAGGCUACUUUGAUGACUUUGGAAUCAUCCGAGAUGUCAUGCAGAACCACUUGCUCCAGUUGCUGUCACUGGUUGCCAUGGAGAAACCAGCCUCCACCAGCUCUGAUGAUGUCAGGGACGAAAAGGUGAAAGUGCUGAAAUGCAUCAAUCCAGUGUUAAUGUCAGAUGUGGUACUGGGUCAAUAUGUGGGUGACCCAGAGGGGGAAGGAGAUGCCAAAUUGGGUUAUCUUGAUGAUCCCACAGUUCCCAAAGGAUCCACUCAGUCUACAUUUGCCACAGCAGUGCUCUAUGUGCACAACGAACGCUGGGAUGGCGUUCCUUUCAUCCUUCGCUGUGGGAAAGCUCUAAAUGAGAGGAAGGCUGAGGUGCGGCUGCAAUUCACAGACGUCCCGGGGGACAUUUUUGGAAAUCAGUGUCGACGGAAUGAGCUGGUAGUCCGUGUGCAACCCAAUGAGGCAGUCUACGCCAAGAUGAUGAGCAAGAAACCUGGCGUGUACUUCUGCCCUGAGGAAACAGAGCUGGACCUCACCUACAAGAGCAGAUAUAAGGAUGUGAAGCUACCAGAUGCCUAUGAACGUCUAAUUCUGGAUGUGUUCUGUGGGAGUCAGAUGCACUUUGUUCGCAGCGAUGAACUAAAGGAAGCCUGGAGGAUCUUUACUCCACUCCUUCACCAAAUAGACAAAGACAAGCCAAAACCUAUUCCUUACAAAUAUGGAAGCCGGGGCCCAGCAGAAGCAGAUGACCUUGUAAAGAGAGCUGGAUUCCGCUAUGAAGGCACUUAUGUAUGGGUGAACCCCAACAAACUUUGAGCUGUGCUGUACAUAGGGUAGAAUUGGGUAGGUAGAAUAGUUUGAGGGGUCCUGCAUGGUUGGGGAGACACUUGGUGUCCCAAUACGCUUUACAGAGUGACACAGUCCACUCUGUGGCUCCAGUGAUUAUUUCUCAGGUAAAUAGGUUAUUUCUCGGAGCCACUUUAUCACGUUUGAAAGAGUGAUGAAUUUAACCAAGCUUCAUGACUUUAUCCCACUUUUUGGUUGGUUGUGAUUUCUUUUUCUUUUUAAAAAAAAAAAAAAUAAUACUUUUAGCCCAUUUAUUUGUGGGGAACAUUUAACUUAAUUUGGGGGGGGGAUCUAAGCCGAAUGUUUUUUGACAAAAACAAGUCUGAUAAACAGGCUCCAUAUCCUCCAUUAACUAGCCAACUGUCACUGUUAGCUAAGUCUCAUACUCUACCAAAAAGAUGGUAACUGAACACAGCAGAGUGGAGCACAGGAAGUACUGUGCACAAGCAAAAUUUUGUGAUUGUAAUACCACAAAGCAUUGUUUGCAUUAUAUUGAUCACAUUUAUUGGAACUCUUUUUACUCUACUCUGCCUGUGACCAAGAACAUUGGCUCGUGUAAGAUAAAACGACCAAGGAGAAUGCAGAUAGUUUCUUUGCAGCAUUUGUAUUGAAAGUCUUAAGUAGCUUCCCUCUGAUCGCAUUCCCUUUUGUUUACAUUUUCACACUUUAAAGUUACUGAGGUCCGUUCCAAAUUUUAGCUCUAAAAAGAUGAAGCGGAUCAACACAUCAGCGUUGAAUGUCCUUGAAUGACCAACGGUGCGCUGCUCUUUUCUGCACAAUCAUGUACUACUAGCAAUGCUACUUUAAUAUCAUGUAAUAAACUACUUUUGGUUCUUUAUGAACAUG